AUGAACUCUCCAUUACAAAUGCACAUCGUUCGAGAACCAUGGCAUACUAUUGGAGUGGAUAUUAUGGGACCGUUUCCUAUUACACAACGUCAAAAACAAUACUUACUGGUCGUUGUUGACUAUUUUACUCGAUGGGUAGAACUAUUUCCUCUUAGAACAACGACUUCAUCUGAUAUCGCUAAUAUCCUAGUUAAUGAAAUUAUAUGUCGUUGGGGUUGUCCUACCUAUAUUCUUUCCGAUAAUGGUCCCCAGUUCAUUUAUGAACUAUUCACUAAUAUCUGUUCGUCCCUAGGCAUUAAAAAUAAAAAUACUUCUAAUUAUCAUCCACAGACAAAUAUGACUGAACGAGUCAAUAGAAAUCUUAAACCAAUGUUAGCACAAUAUGCUCAAGAAAAUCCAUAA